AUGGACUUCAUUUCUAGGCCCAAAUCGUAAAGCAAAAAAACAAAUAAAAUCACUGAAAACCCUAAAAACCCUAAUUCCUUUUCGUAUAAUUUUCUAGCCAAGACAUCGUCGAAGCUUGAGGAAAAGCUGCACAAAUGGGAAAAGGAACAGGAAGUUUCGGUAAGAGGAGGAACAAGACACACACACUGUGUGUUAGAUGUGGUCGACGUAGCUUCCACAUCCAGAAGAGUCGUUGUUCAGCUUGUGCUUACCCUGCUGCUCGUCUCAGAAAAUAUAAUUGGAGUGUCAAGGCACUUAGAAGAAAGACCACUGGAACUGGUCGCAUGAGGUAUCUCCGCAAUGUUCCCCGCAGGUUUAAGACAAACUUCAGAGAAGGAACUGAAGCAGCUCCAAGGAAGAAGGGUACUGCUGCAGCCUCUUAAGUUUCUAAAGAAGCAGUUUGAUGCUGUUUCGUUUUGAUUGUCUUUCAUUUCGCUGAUGAAUCGAAGUUUUGAAUAUUUUUUUUGUGGAAUAUUACCUCUCAUCUGUUAGAUUGGAAUUAUUGCUGUUAAAGAUGUAUGUCCAAUGGAUUUGGUUUGUGUUUGAUAUUUAGCUUAAUCA